AUGGCUUUAUUUCUUCCUCGUACUGGCUUCCGGGCCCUCUCUGCCCUUCCCAGGGCUGCCCCCGUCUCGCGUCUCUCUGCUGUCCCCCCUCGGCUUCCGCGUGUGCAGCCCCUCACUCGCCGGUUCCUGGCUACCACGCCGCAGGAACAGCCUCGCCUGCGUCUUGGCUCCACCGCGCCCAACUUCAAGGCUUUGACUACCCACGGCGAAAUCGACUUCCAUGAGUACAUCGGCGACUCCUGGGCCAUCCUCUUCUCGCACCCGGCCGACUUCACUCCCGUCUGCACAACCGAGCUCGGCGCCUUUGCCAGGAUGAAGGACGAAUUCGAGAAGCGGGGAGUCAAGAUGAUUGGAUUGAGCGCCAACGACCUCGGCUCUCACGACAAGUGGAUUCAGGAUAUCAAUGAAGUCUCCAACACGAACCUCCAGUUCCCCAUCAUCGCCGAUGCUGACCGCAAGGUUGCCUUCCUCUACGACAUGAUUUCCCAGGAGGACCUGGACAACCUUCCCGAGAAGGGCAUUGCCUUUACCAUCCGCUCCGUCUUUAUCAUUGACCCCUCCAAGAAGAUUCGUCUCACCAUGCUGUAUCCCGCGUCGACUGGCCGCAACUCCGCCGAGGUCUUGCGCGUGAUUGAUUCCCUGCAGACAGCCGACAAGAAGGGCAUCGCGACCCCCAUCGAUUGGAACGUCGGGGACGAUGUCAUUGUUCCCCCUACCGUCUCCACCGAGGACGCGAAGAAGAAGUUCGGCGAUGUCCGUGUGGUCAAGCCGUACCUGCGCUACACCAAGUUCUAA